AAUUCAUCAAACAAAAUACUAAAAAAACAACGCCAAAAACAGAACAUUCACGAGGAGACAUUUUUAUACUUGCAUAAUUGAUUUAGUAUUUUUUUUUUUCAUCUUUAAGAUCGAGAGAAACUGUAAAACCUUGGAUCUUGGUCCUUGAUCGAUUCCAUAGCCUACAUUGUACGGAUCGGAUCAGGAUUUCAAAUCGUUGAAUUUCUUUGUUUUUUUUAUUUUUUGUGAAUUCAAAAUUCGUAACCCAGAUUAUUCAGUUACCAAUUGCAAUCUUAGGCAUUUGUGUGAAGAGAUUCAAUUUAAUUUUUGGUACCAUUUGUAUUCUCUACGAGAUGCAUUUGUAAAUUUAAUAGGAUUUGAUUAGUUUUCGAGCUCAUUUUGAGCUUGAUUGAUUGAAUUCUUUUUUUAUUUAUAUGUGCAUUGAGGAUUAUUGAAUUAUAGGCAGAGAUGGAUCCUUUAUCGUCGAUCAGUGAAGAGCUAGCAGAGAUCAAUGGACAGAUCGCUGAUAUUUUUCGAGCUUUAUCAAAUGGGUUCCAGAAAUUGGAGAAGAUUAAGGAUGUCAAUAGACAGAGUAGGCAGCUGGAAGAACUUACGGGGAAGCUGCGGGAGUGUAAGAGGCUUAUCAAAGAGUUUGACAGAGAAGUGAAGGAUAUGGAGAGUAGAAAUGAUCCAGACACCAACAAAAUGCUUAAUGAGAAAAAGCAGUCAAUGAUCAAAGAGUUGAAUUCAUAUGUUGCUCUUAAAAAACAAUAUGCGACCAAUCUUGAAAACAAUAAGAGAGUUGAUCUGUUUGAUGGGCCUAAUGAAGAGUUACAUGAUGACAAUGUGUUGCUAGCUUCGUCUAUGACAAACCAACAACUACUGGAUCAUGGAAAUCAGAUGAUGGAUGAGACUGAUCAGGCAAUUGAGAGGGGAAAAAAGGUUGUUCAAGACACCAUCAAUGUUGGAACAGAAACUGCAGCAGCUCUUAAGGCUCAGACUGAACAAAUGAGUAGGAUUGUUAAUGAGCUCGACUCUAUCCAUUUCUCGAUCAAGAAAGCUUCUAAAAUGGUGAAGGAAAUUGGUAGGCAGGUUGCAACUGACAAGUGCAUAAUGGCAUUACUCUUCCUUAUUGUUGUUGGAGUCAUAGCAAUCAUUAUUGUGAAGCUCGUGAACCCAAGCAACAAGGAUAUUCGGGAUAUUCCAGGAUUAGCCCCGCCUGCACCGUCUCGCAGAUUACUUUGGAAUCCUAAUCAAGAAACAAGUUAGAAAUGGGAUUGUCAGGAUCUACUGCAAUCCAAUCAUUUUGGAUACUGUUGGCAGCAACCAGUACUACAGAAUUGACCCAGUGGAGUGUAAUCAAUGUGUUUUCUGGCUUAAAUACCAAUCUUCUGAGAGAAAUUUAUUGAAUUGCUUCAAUUGGAAGAUUUCUGCACAACUAUCUUUCAACAGAGUGAAAGUAGGAUUAUCCGCAUGCGUGAGCAACUUAUUUUGUUUUUGAGAUUGUAACGGUUCACGGAUCUGUAUAUUCACCCUCGUAUGAUUGUAGUUUCAUAAAUUGUUUUAUUUUAUUUUUUAAAUGGGGUUUCAUUGAAA